AUACUCCCGCCUCCUUGACCAAUGCAGGCCUGCGAUUGGCUGUGAUGCGGCACGCAGGGCGGCUGUCGCGCUGCCGCCCGCCUGCCGUAAAGCGCGGAAGGUCAGUCCGGCCUCCCGCCGCCAGAAGGAGCGGUGUCUGCUCGCAGCGGUGCCGGCAGGGAGCGGCCGGGAUGUUCCUGCGGCUGCUGGCCGACGUGCGGUGGCGUGGGGCUGACCCGAAGUGGAGGAGCGUGGCCUGCUGCCGGAGCGCCUCCGGGACGGCGGAAUCCCACCCCGUCCCCCUGCCGGCGCAGGCCCAGGUGGUCAUCUGCGGGGGUGGGAUCACGGGCACCUCGGUGGCCUAUCACCUAGCCAAGCUGGGUUGGAAGGAUGUCGUCUUGCUCGAGCAGGGCAGAUUGGCUGCAGGUACCACGCGCUUCUGUGCGGGCAUCGUGAGCACGGCCCGGCCCGUGGCCAUCGAGCUGAAGAUGGCAGACUACUCCAACAAGCUGUACCAGCAGCUGGAGCAAGAGACGGGAGUGCAAACAGGGUACGUGAAGACAGGCUCUGUUUCCCUGGCUCAGACUCAGGAUCGGCUGAUCUCCCUGAAGCGCAUUGCUUCGUCUCUGAACGUGUCGGGGAUCCCCUGCGAAAUCAUCGGCCCGAAGCGAGUGGCGCAGCUCCACCCGCUCAUCAACAUCCACGACCUCGUGGGCGCCAUGUACGUGCCGGACGACGCGCUCGUGCUGUCUGCCAACGUGAGUCUGGCGCUGGCGACGGCUGCCUCACGGAACGGGGUCCAGAUCCACGAGCGGACGAGUGUCAGUCAUGUCUCAGUGCAGAAGGGUCGUGUGACCGGAGUUGAGACCGACAGGGGACACAUUAAAUGCCAGUACUUUGUCAACUGUGCUGGCCAGUGGGCCUAUGAGUUGGGGCACUCUGGGGAGGAACCAGUCAAUAUCCCACUCCAUGCCUGUGAGCACUUCUACCUCCUGACGCAUCCUUUGAAGGAGCCUCUGGCAAACAACGUCCCGACUGUUGUGGACCCUGAUGGCAGGAUCUACAUCCGCAACUGGCAGGGUGGCAUCCUCUCGGGGGGCUUUGAGAAAAACCCCAAACCUCUUUUCACGGAGGGACGGAACCAGCUGGAGAUCCAUAACCUUCAGGAAGACUGGGAUCAUUUUGAACCGCUUCUGAGCGCCCUUCUGCGCAGGAUGCCCAACUUGGAGGCCCUGCAGAUCAUGCAGCUGGUGAACUGCCCGGAAUCCUUCACACCUGACAUGCGGUGCAUCAUGGGCGAGUCGCCCACGGUGCGGGGCUACUUCGUCCUGGCUGGAAUGAACUCAGCUGGGAUCUCAUAUGGUGGGGGAGCAGGCAAGUACCUGGCAGAGUGGAUGGUAAAUGGCUAUCCAUCAGAAAACGUCUGGCCUCUGGAUUUGAAGCGUUUCGGCACCCUUCAGAGCAGCCGCACCUUCCUCCGCCACCGUGUGAUGGAAGUGAUGCCCCUCAUGUGUGACCUGAAAGUUCCCCGCUGGGACUUCCAGACCGGCAGGCAGCUGCGCACCUCCCCGCUGUACGACCGCCUGGACGCCCAGGGGGCCAGGUGGAUGGAGAAGCACGGCUUUGAGAGAGUCAAAUACUUCGUCCCACCUGGGAAAGAUCUGCUGGAUUUGGACCAGAGCAAAACCUUCUACAAACCGGACUGGUUUGAUAUCGUGGGUUCAGAAGUCAAGUGCUGCAAGGAAGCGGUGUGUGUGAUCGACAUGUCGUCUUUCACCAAGUUUGAGAUAAGCUCCACAGGAGACCAGGCGCUGCAGAGCCUGCAGUAUCUCUUCUCCAACGACCUGGAUGUGCCGGUCGGGCACGUCGUGCAUACCGGCAUGCUGAAUGAGAACGGAGGGUAUGAGAACGACUGCAGCAUAGCACGCUUGAGCAAACGCAGCUUCUUUAUGAUCUCCCCUACUGACCAGCAAGUCCAUUGCUGGGCCUGGCUGAAGAACCGUUUGCCUGAAGAUAGCAACUUGACCAUAGAAGAUGUGACCUGGAAGUACACGGCUCUCAACCUGAUAGGCCCCCGCGCUGUGGAUGUCUUGUCAGAGUUGUCCUAUGCCCCAAUGACCCCAGAACACUUUCCUUCUUUCUUCUGCAAGGAGAUGAGCGUGGGCUACGCUAACGGCAUCCGUGUGAUGAGUAUCACUCACACAGGAGAACCUGGCUUCAUGCUUUAUAUUCCCAUAGAGUACGCCCUCCACGUGUACAACGAGGUGAUGAACAUGGGGCAGAAGUAUGGGAUCCGGAACGCCGGUUAUUACGCGCUCCGCAGCCUGCGGAUCGAGAAGUUUUUUGCCUUCUGGGGCCAGGAUCUGGACGCCUUUACCACUCCUAUGGAGUGCGGCCGUGAGUUCCAGGUCAAGCUGGAAAAGGGGAUGGAGUUUGUUGGCCAGGAAGCGCUGCUGGAACAGAAGCAGCACGGGGUAUACAAGCGCUUCACCAUGUUCAUUCUCGAGGACCACGACACAGAUAUGGACCUCUGGCCCUGGUGGGGAGAACCCAUCUUCCGCAACGGCCGCUACGUGGGCAAGACCACGAGCAGCGCCUACAGCUACACCCUGGAGCGCCACGUCUGCCUGGGCUUCGUGCAGCACUUGGACGAGAAGACGGGCGAGCAGCUGGUGGUGACCACUGACUUCAUCAACCAGGGCGAGUACGAGAUCGACAUCGCUGGGCAGCGCUUCCAGGCCAAAGCCAAGCUCUACCCCUUCAGCUCCCUCUUCGCGCAGCGUCGCCGCAAGGAUGAGGUGGAACUGAGCGGCUACCAGAGGGAGUAGUGCCGGCCGGACCCGCUCCUUUUCCCAAGCUGGAAUCUUUGGCCACCAUCUUCCAGUCCCCUCUCCGCGCCCCAUGCGUUUCUUUCUUUUUCCUUUAUUGUCUUGCAACUUUUAAACUUUUUUCUGGUGUGUUCCAUUUUGUACGUUUUAAACCUUUCGUUUUCAAGCUUUCCGAACCCUGUCUCCCUCCCUCCCUCAGCCCUUUGCUUGCCGGGCUCCCCCCGUGUCUCCGCAGAUGAAGCGCAGUGCUGACCGUGCACCCAGAAUCCUAUGGGAGCAUUGUGGUGGGAAGCCCGUGCAGGAGCGAACAUCCCUGUAGCCCCGUGGUGAUGGGAAGGGCUCGGGGGAGCUCCUGAGCACCGCACCCUUUCUCUCUCUGCCAGUGCGAGGCACGGGACUGCAGGUAUUUGCUCCGCUCCGCUCUCACCUUGGCUGAGCGCUGUGACUUUGCCUGGCUCCACCAAACCACUUUGCAGCGGGGUGGGUGCAUCCAUGCACGCAGCAAUACAGCGACCAGCUACCUCACCGGCACCGCGCCGAGCGGGCAGGCGCCGGCACGGCACGGCCUGUCCGGCGUUGGUCCAUCAUUUUCCCUGCCAGGGAGCCCAGUAGGUUUAACCAUCGCGUCGUGGGGAUGGCAGGAGUGCUGGUAAGUCCUUUGUCGUCGCUGUUUGGGUUGGAUUUAUUUUUUUGCGUGGGGUCUGUGAAGUCAAAAGGCCAACGCAAGUGUUGGUCUUCAGUUAUAUUUGUAGGAAUCCUGUAUAGGUAGGUGAUGCUUAUUGUCUGUCCAUCCGUAACACUCUCUGUAUAUAUAAUUGAAGACCGACACGUGUUUCAAUUCUGUAAAGGACUGGGGCUGGUUGUUUUCUAUUAGCAGAAAUACCGAUGUCUAACGAGGACGGAUGUCAGUGUUUAAUGACAGCAGCUCUGCUGGAACGCUGCUUCUGUUUCAGCCACACCAUGUACAGUCUCUUUGUGAAUAUUCCUUCGCUCCCCCUCGUUUACAUGACUCGACCAAGCCUGGCUGCCAGGUUCAUGCAGCGAACACAAGUUUCUUACAAACCUGUGUUAGUUUGGGGAACGUAAGGAGAAGCAGGGGGUGCCAAGCUGUAUCGCACAGGUCCACAUCUUCUCAUUGCAAGAACAUCUGAAGGCAAAGCUGCUCUUUGUUUCCUGGGAGGAGGUGGUUGGAUGCUCCUUUUCCCCCUGGCACCCACGCACUCCCCAUGCUGCUCCUGCUCCCCUCGAUGCCAGCAUCCCCUGGAGUUGAAGCACAGCACGGUGCAGCCCUGGGGAACCCUUGGCAGUUUGGAACUUGUAGGGGCGUUUUGCAGUGAAGCGGUGAACAUCACUAGCGUACAUGGGAGCUCUAAACCUUGGCGAGCUCCUGUUUUGUUUCCUGCUACUUCGGUCGCUUCAGGCUGUGCCUUCGGUUGAGUCCUUGGUCGGCCAGUUUGUGAUUGAGACGCUCUGAGCGUGCAGAAGGACCACGACGAGGGUGGAAGGGAAAACCCUUUACACCUUACAAACAGGUGGCCAGAGCGAGUCCCCCCGUUCAGGGAGCUAUGGAAGCUGUGAAACUUAGAAGUGGAAUUUUGUGUUGACUCUUCCAUACCAAAAGUAGAGAGAGCAGCCCUGCAUCACGCCAGCGGAGGGGGGAGAGCUCUGCCAGGGCUGGGGCUCGGGGCCGGGCGCUUUGGCACCUUCUCCUGCUUUCCCUGCUACGAGUUCUGGUUCUUUGGGAUCUGAAGCUGUGGGCUGCCCCUCGCUGUGUCCGUGCCUGACCUCCCAUGCUCUCCUAGUCUUUGAGAGGCUGCUGAAGCGGCGGGUGCUGGAGAAAGGACUUCAUUGUUCAUGCUUAAUGACCUGGGGAUAAGAGAAAGCCGGCUGUCUAGAAGUGGUGUUUUCUGUUUCACGAGGGUGUGUUGCAGUGAUUUUCACAUCUGUCUUUGCCAGCCUUCAUUUCUUCCUCGUGUCUCUCUGUCUGGAUGUGCUGUUCCUUGCUGCUGCAGCUUCCUCCUACUAUUCUGGUGAGGAGGAGGGGCCGUGUGAUACCUCUCUGCAGCUCCAGCUCGUGCUGUAAGCCUGGGUUGUUUCUGUAAGCCUCCUGCUGCUGUGCCCCCUCCCAUCCCCCGGCACAGGGCUUCCUUGGGCUGAUGUCCUGGGCUUCCAUGGAGCUCCAGGUGGUGGCUGCUGGGGAAGAUGCAGCGCUGAGGCUAACCCAGCACACUGUCACCAAAGCGCUUACAUUUAGAGGGGAAAAAAAAAAAUCUACGACAAACAACUGCUCUGCUCAGCUGGAAAGGAAACCCAUUGCUUACAAGGGCAGGAUUCUUGUUUUAGAACAGACCACGUGGCUGCUGAUAAAGCCCAGCAAAAACGUCGUCGCCUUCGAUGUUGUCUUCCCAACUGGUUUCAUUGGAACACUUGGGCAGCUCGAUUCUCGCCCGUGUCGGCAAUCUUAAAGCAUGUCCUGCUUUAAUCUUCCUGAAGUGGCUGCUGGGGCUGGGGCUGGGUUUCUUUACCCCCCCGUGUAAGACACGACACGGCGGAAAAGGGAGUGGUGCCAUCAGCCGUGCAGGAAGAGCAGGCAGCAUUUCUCCUCGCACUUGAACCACGCUGGCUGUCGUGCUCAGAGCCCUCAGUGGGAGCAGCCCCGAGCGUUCCAAGGCAGGAAAGGAGCCUGGAGGUGUCGGUCAGCUCCUCCCGGGCGAGGUGACCGCGCUCUGUGCUCCCACCGCGUGCAUCUUCAGCCUGCUCGCCCCAAGCCCCUCUCGCUUCUCGCAGCCUCCCAAGCCAUUUUCAAGAGCUGCAAGGGCUUCCAGAAGGGUUCUACGGCAGAAGUGUCAGGAACAAGUGCAGCUUGAGGCUGUGAAAGCGUUCCCUAGUGCCUUACGCGGUGGAAGCGGUGGGGGUGGGCAGAGCAUCUCGCUGUCCCCCCGCAGGGUCUCGGCAGGAGGACGUGGGCAGCUCCAAGCUCGCCUCCGAGCUCGGAGGGGCUGAGGAGAUGCAGCGCUGCCCGGCCCGGCCGUGGAGGACACGGCUCCUUCCUAGGCCCGCCAACAGGGCCGAGCUGGCUGCUCUCCGCUGGGCCGUUGCGUGUGCUGUAUUUAGGCCGCGCUUUACGUCAUUUCAUAUUUUGGUUGGCUUGAAUGUUGCUAGGUUUGUAUAUUAAUAAAGAGGUGUUUUAACUA